ACAAGAUCUAACAACAUCCCGUACGGGGUCAUCUCAGAGUGACCUUUUGUGAAAAUACAACGGCCAAUGAGAAUUAACCAAUGACGUCACUGAUCCACCAAUGAGAAAGAGUUUGUUAUACGCAUUUGGCUGAUGUGUUUAAAAAUGGCUGCGCCCAUUGAAACGGUUACGAGUUCGCUCGGUAUAAAAUUAAAGCCACAACAACUGGAAAUAUUGCAGAGCCUUCUUAAUGGGAAAGAUUUGCAUGGCCGUUUUACCGACUGGUUUCGGAAAAUCUUUACCAUAUCAACUGUUUCCGUUGAUACAGAGGGAGAGAGGUCAAAACGGAAUUGUUCUUGUGUGCUGUCCCCUUAUUUCCUUAAUGAAAGAUCAGGUCGAGAGGGCAAAUGCAAUUAACGGUGUAACGGCAGCAUAUAAAGGUCAAGGUCUAGACAGAGAGAUUCUGAGCGGUAAGAUAGACAUUGUAUUUGCAAGUCCCGAGUCACGGUUAGGUGACUGGCGAACUGAACUGCAGCAUCUAGAUGUCACAGCUAUUGUUAUAGAUGAAUUUCAUUUAAUUUCUACAUGGGGACAAGCUGAUGAACAUAUUCACAAGAAAGCAUUUAGAAAAUGGUUUGGUGACCUUGGAGAACUGCGAUCCAUCUUUCCAAAUGCAUCUCUACUUGCUUUGAGUGCCACAUGCACACUGAAAGUACAGAAACGUGUUUUGAAAGUGGUCUCUUUUAAGCCAGACUUUACCUUUGUGUACUUAUCUCCUGACAAGAGGAACAUUAAAUAUGUUGUGAAGAAAGUGGCGAAUGACAUUGAAAUGGCAAUGACAUGGUUAGUUGAUGGACUUGUGGACUUGGGAAAUAAAUUUCCACGAACUCUUGUAUAUUGCUAGUCAAUAAGUGAUGUUGCAAAGAUUUAUGAUUAUGUUAUGGAUGAAUUGCCCGAGGAAAUAAACUCACAUGUUGCUAUGUAACAUUCAGAGACAGAUGAAUCAAUCAAAGAAACUGUAUUAUCUUCGAUUCGAGAAGAGGAGAGCCCUACAAGAGUUAUUAUUUCUACAAAUGCCUUGGGUAUGGGUGUAGAUUUCAAGGGCCUUUCUAGUAUUAUUCUUUUUGGUCCUCCUCAUUCAAUUCUUGACGUUCUUCAAGAAAUUGGCCGCGCAGGUAGAGAUGGUGAAAAGACUGUUGCCUUGUUGCUUUACAAUUCUCAUCAUCUCAUCCAUUGUGAACAAGAUGUGAAGAACCUGUUUCAGUGUAAUGACUGCAGAAGAAUUCAAAUGAUGAAAUCAUUUCUCAAGGAAAGCGAACUUGAAGAAGUGAAAUCUUAUUCAGGAGAUUGUUCAUGUUGUGAUAUUUGUCAAAACGCAUGUACUUGUGGAAAUUGUACUCUACUUCCUUUGGAAAAAUUGUUUUCAGGCACCUCUAAAAAUGUACUUGAUGUCCAUGUAUCAGAAGAUUCUGAUUCCGACUCAAACAUAGAGCCAGAAUAAUUUAACCUGUUUUUGAUGUAUGUAGUAUUUACCGUAAGGUACAUGUUGCAGUAAAUGAAAAAAAAAACAUUGUGAUCAUUUAUAAAUCCAUCCAACCCUUUUAAAACACUUUGCCAGGGU